AUAGCUGUAACUUAUACAAGUUACAAAAAAACACCACCACCGGUACCCCCUCGUACCACUUCCAAGCCACUGAUCUCCGUCACGGCACAGAGCAGCACAGAAUCCACCCAGGAUGCCUAUCACGACAGCCGGACUCAGAGGAUAUCCCCGUGGCCGCAGGACGGGCGAGGGAUGUACAACUCCACCGACAGUUUGGACAGCAACAAGGCCAUGAAUCUCGCCUUGGAGACUGCAGCCGCACAGCGCCACGCGGCCGAGGGCCAGAGCACCUCCAUACGGACCAGCGACAAGGCCAUUUUAGUGACAAAAGCAGAGGAGUUUCUUAAGAGUCGGCGUUCCUCUAUAGGGAUUCAGGUGGAAACAGCAACUGACUCAGACACUGAAAGCAGAGGCCUACGGGAAUACCACUCUGUUGGAAUACAAGUGGAAGAUGAAAAACGGCACGGACGAUUCAAGCGCUCAAACAGUGUAACAGCAGCUGUCCAGGCUGACCUGGAACUGGAGGGUUUUCCAGGACACAUCACCAUGGAAGACAAGGGACUUCAGUUUGGCUCGUCAUUCCAGCAGCACUCAGAGCCCAGUACACCCACCCAGUAUAGUGCAGUGAGAACUGUACGGACACAGGGACUGUUCAGUUACAGAGAAGAUUAUAGGACCCCAGUUGACACAACAAACCUUCCACCACCAGAACCCUGGCUGGAGCCAGCCAUUGAGACAGUAGAGACUGGUCGAAUGUCACCUUGUCGACGGGAUGGAUCUUGGUUUAUGAAGUUACUACAUACUGAAACUAAGAGAAUGGAAGGAUGGUGCAAAGAAAUGGAAAGAGAAGCAGAAGAAAAUGAUCUUUCUGAAGAAAUUCUAGGUAAGAUCCGAAGUGCUGUUGGAAGUGCUCAGCUCCUCAUGUCUCAGAAAUUCCAGCAAUUUUAUUGGCUUUGUCAGCAAAAUCUGGACCCGAGUGCCAUGCCGAGACCAACUUCCCAGGACCUAGCAGGUUUCUGGGACUUACUGCAGCUCUCAAUUGAAGACGUCAGCAUGAAGUUUGAUGAACUGCACCAGUUGAAACUCAAUGAAUGGAAAAUAAUAGAAUCACCUGAAAGGAAGCCAACGGGUUGGUGGAUGGUGAGUUUGCAACUCUUGCUUACUAGUGACAACUGGAAGUAAGAAAUUAUUGUAGUGACAGCAACAGUGAUGUUCCUAAGAGGGAAAUAACUAAAAGUGGAAAAA